GCCAUGAGGUAAGCCAACCAAUCAGUCGGAGAAAUGUUCUACUCUCUGGAAUUUGCAUUCAGUUUGGGGCUGCUUCUUGCAGCUUCUACUUCUGCCGCUCCUGCCACCGAUGGACGCAUUGUGGGGGGCAUGGAGGUGUCCAGCAUUCUGGAGUUUCCCUACCAGGCCUCCGUGCAGCUGCAUGGCCAACACAUCUGCGGCGGCGCCGUCAUCGGGGAUCACUUUGUGCUGACGGCCGCCCACUGCUUCGAGGCGCUGGAACCCUGGAGCGUCCUCGACUACAGCGUGCGGGUGGGCUCCAGCGAGCAUGCGAGUGGCGGCCACCUGCUCAGCCUGCAGCAGAUCAUCCCGCACGGCGGCUACAAUCCCCAGAGCCACGACAACGACCUGGCGCUGCUCAUUCUGAAUGCCAGGCUCAAUUUCACCGAGGAGCUGCAGGCAGUGUCGCUGGCCAGCGCACAGCAGCCACCCACAGACCAAACGCGUCUUUUGGUCAGCGGCUGGGGAUUCCAGAGUGAAGAGCAGCAGCAGGAGACCGAAGCUGGUUCUAGUGUCGCCUCCAUUCUGCGCUUUGUGGACGUGGACCAUGUGGACCUCGGACAGUGUCGUCUUGCCUACCGCCAGGUGCUGCCCAUUACCCAGGGUAUGCUGUGCGCCGCUCGCGCUGGCCACGACAGCUGCCAGGGCGACUCGGGUGGGCCGCUGGUCGGCUUCCAGGCGGAUGGCACGGCGACGCUCUACGGCAUCGUUUCCUGGGGCCUGGGCUGUGCGAAUCCGGACUAUCCCGGUGUCUACACCAGUGUGGCAGCCUUUCGCCGCUGGAUCGAUGCUCAGGUGGGUGCGUGGGGCUGGAACAGCCUGCUGGGCGGCUGGAGUGGAGUGCAGUGAGGCGACGAAACUGUUUCACUCUUGUCU